AACUACAUAUACCCCCCUCCAACAACAGCUCUUAGUUUCACGGCUUCCUGUCCUUUGCUAGGUGCGGCAAUUUAUAUAUAUAGUUAGUGAUGGCUUCACCUACAGAAGAAACACAAGAUGCCAUCACAGAGGAGGAAAUACAAGGCACCAUCGUGCCGCCAGCCUCAUCCACGUCAAUACACCCCAACCGCAACGCAUUCACCGAGUUAAUGCGUCACAAAUCCCGCAAAACCACCAUCGUCCCCUCCUCCUCCCCCCACGAAAAACCCAUCGUCUUCGAAGGCCGCCGCGGUCUAGGCGCCUACACGUACAACCCCGCCGCCUUCCCGCCCUCCGACGUGAUAUUCUACAACGACACCGCCGUCGCAGUCAAUGACCUCUACCCGAAGUCGAGCGUGCACACGCUCCUUCUGCCGCGCUCAGAGCGCAACCUCCUACAUCCGGUUGACGCCUUUGAAGAUGCCGCGUUCCUGGCUGCUACGGUGGCUGAGUCGGAAAAGCUGCGUAAGCUCGUGGCGAAGGAGUUGCGGCGGCGGUAUGGCAAGGUGUCGAAGCUGGACCAAGAGCGUGAGCGCGUUUUGAAUGGUGAGGUGGAGUUGGCGGAUGGGGAGGAGCUGCCGAAGGGGAGAGAUUGGGAGAGCGAGGUUAUGAUGGGGAUCCAUGCGCACCCGUCUAUGAGCCACCUGCAUGUCCAUGUGUUGUCCGUGGACAGGUACUCGGAGUGCAUGAAGAAUAGAGCGCACUACAAUAGUUUUACCACCCCCUUCUUUGUACCCCUCGACGCAUUUCCCCUGGCGGCAGACGACCCGAGACGAGACCCCUCUGAGGCAGGGUAUUUGAGUCAAGACUUGAAGUGUUGGAGGUGCGGCGCGGGAUUUGGGAGGAGUUUUGCUAGAUUGAAUGAGCAUCUUGCUGUGGAGUUUGAAGCCUGGAAAAAGAUAUGAAUACUGUUUAUAGAUACUGACAAGGGCACCUAAGGCCCCUUUAACGAAUGAUACUAGGUAUAUAUAGAAGGCGUAGAGCUUCUGUUAACAAUACAACCAUGCUCAUAAUUC